AUGGCCCUGUGGACGCGCCUCCUGCCCCUGCUGGCGCUGCUGUCCCUCUGGACCCCUGCCCCGACCCGAGCCUUCGUCAACCAGCACCUGUGCGGCUCCCACCUGGUGGAGGCGCUGUACCUGGUGUGCGGGGAGCGUGGCUUCUUCUACACGCCCAAGGCCCGCCGGGAGGCGGAGGACCUUCAGGGGAAGGACGCGGAGCUGGGGGAGGCGCCUGGCGCCGGCGGCCUGCAGCCCUCGGCCCUGGAGGCGCCCCUGCAGAAGCGGGGCAUCGUGGAGCAAUGCUGUGCCAGCGUCUGCUCGCUGUACCAGCUGGAGCAUUACUGCAACUAGAGGGCGCCCGGAGCCCGCCGCGCCUGCGCCCCAACCCAUCCAAUAAACCCUUGAACGAGC